AUGUUUAUAUUGAGCGAAAAGGGAUUAAAUUCGUGGAAUGCAUUAAAGGAGUCUUUGCUAAAUGAGUUCAGGUCGAGAGACUACCAAACAAUUAGUGCAAAAUCGAAAGUUCUGGAAGGAAGUGUGAAAGACAAAAACGCUUUUGCAGCAAAAAGUGGUUCAAGAGGUGGCAAAAAGGAAGUCGUUUGCUACAACUGUGGUGAAAAGGGACAUAUUUCUGGUGGCUGCAGCAACAAAGAAAAAGGAAGAAAGUGUUUCAAGUGCAACAAAUUUGGACACAUUUCCAAGAAUUGUCCACAAAGUGAAAAGGCAGUCGAAGAAAGCAAGCCCAACGCGCGAGUUUUAAGUGAGCACAGUGACAUGACGAGCAAAGCAGUUUCAAUCCAAAAUCAGAAUUGCGUGGCGCUGUUUGAUACGGGCAGCAAGUUCAACAUUUUGCGCGAAGACUUAUACAAGCAGUUAGCUUUGCCAAGGUUGAAAGAGUGCAGUGUAUAUCUAAUUGGAUUUGGAAAAGAUCGCAAUGCCAAUAAGAUCAAGCCGAUUGGACAGUGUAAGCAAGCAGUAUCGAUUGACAACAGUGUUUAUGACUUGAACUUCUUCAUAGUUCCGUGUGAUUGUAUGGACACUCGUUUGAUAAUAGGAGAAGAAUUGUGCUUGCAAGCAGAAGUUUCGUUCAGUCCAAGUGGUUUGCGUGUACGAAAGUUGAACAAUCUUGACGAAGAUGAAUUGGAAUCCAAUUUAAUGCAAAUCAAAGCAGUGCUUGACAACGAAGAACUCGAUAUUAAUUAA